UUUACUUUUCACCGUUAGUAACCUCAAAUAAAAAUACUCCAUUCAACAUCUGACUUGAUCUCACUGAUUUUCAACUUAUGGAGCAAAAGAACGCAUGGUCAAACGCUAAGUAAAUAAUUUGAGAUGGAAUUGCUCGAACAUCCGUCAGUAAAAAUUAAAUAUCAAAAAUGCAAACUGCGAGUGAAACGAUGGGAGAGCGAUUUUAUGGAGAAAUACGGCAGGAGACCCAACAAGAACGACAUAAAAAAAGCAGACUCAAGAAUAAAAGAAUCCUACAAGAUGUACUGGAAGCUCAAGACCCAGGCUCUGGAAGAAACUCUUCUGGACAUCACCUUCACAGAUGAGAUUCAGGCAAACGUCUCUGCCAACUCUUUGGCAGAUUCCCUCAACGCCUCCCUUCCCCUUGACUCUUCUCUGAACUUACCACUGGACACGUCCGUCAACUCUGAAACUCCAGAAGCUUCUAAGGACACAUUCCCCGAAACUUCUCUGAAAAACGUGGAAAACAUUGACCCCGAAAAGACCCCAACCAAAUCAGAAAAGUCUCCAACGAAGACAGAUUCAUCUUUGAACACUUCUGACUCCAAAAAGGACAAUGUCAACAUUGAUGGAGCCUGGGGGGAUCACUUGAACAAGGGCCAAGAAACCUCCAAGAAGAGCACAAAACGUUUGAUAGGAAGAUCAACCUCCUUUCAAUUGUCCCAAAAGAAAUUCACAUCUGGGACUUUCUCAAAGAGAAAUCCAAGAAAAUCCUUAUCAAUGACUAAGAUAAAGUCAAAAACAGAUUUGAAUAAAUCUACCAGUGUAUCUUCAUCUCCGAACGAUGAAAAACCUCUCGAAACCGGCCAAGAACCUACCUCCGAUGGACUAUUCGGUGAAAACUUGAAAAUAACUCAAUUGGAGACGAAAGUAACUGCCCAACCAGUCAAUGCUGUCCGUAAAUUGAUGAACGGAGCUCCAGCAGUUGCAGAGAGGAAACUGAACCCUGGAUGGCUAGAGAGAUGUGCCAAGGACACUGGUCUAGAACCUUUACCUCCUGUCAACCCCCAGAGACUGUCAGGCAUCAGUGAUUCUGGCGUAGAGUCCAUGGACACCAGUGUCUUCUCACCCCCCGAGAGCGCUCCAUCAAUCAGUGCAGAAAACUCGGCACAGAUCUCAGACGAUGAGGAGUUUGUCUGCAACAGUGAUUCUGAAGAGGAGAAUAAUAGAAAACGAGUGAGAAACUGGAGGAAAACACUGUCUGAUGGAUCUUUACCGCAGUUUAAACGUCCAUGUCUUGCGCUUUCCCCAGAAAUGCCUGUCCACACGACGGUCCCUACCGACGUGUCUUCACAGAGGCAAGAGACUGCUAUUAGUUCUAAAAUAACAGAAACCGUUUCCCAAAACACUAAAACUACGACAAUUGCUGGAGGAAAAACUAUUGAUGACAAAUUACUACACGUCAAUCAAAUCAAUACAAAAGUCUCGCCGAAAAAAUCAACAGAAUCCCUGGAAUCAUCUUCAGCAUCAGCUCCACCCAGAAAGAAAAUUACCAGAAAAUCUAAAAAAAUACAAUCUGAUGAUGAGGAGUACGAAGAAGAGAAACCAAAAACCAGGAAACCUAGAGUUUCACGUAAAAAACCAGCAGUGAAAAAACGUAAGGAGCUAAAAGACGUAAAACCUCAAAGAGUUAGCAAAAGAACCACGAGAGCUAGAAAAAAACCGGAAUCGGAAGAUGAAGAACCUGACGAAGAGUGCGAAGAUGUAGAACAAACUAAAUCCUCUCCAAACAUUCCAAUCUACGGAGUUGAAGCCUUGGAAGUGGUUCCGAGGUUCGCAGUCCCCAGAGACAGUAAUGGCGACCUAAUCUCUGAAUUCUCCCAGACAAUAGGAAAAUCCCUGGCUCCCGAGAAGUUUACCAAAAAACCCAAAAGCCUCAUGACAGAGAAAGAAAAAUUCGAAGAGAAAGUGGCAUCUGGAAAGGCGAACGAGAACUUUGUGCGAAUAAAUCUGAAGAAAAAGAUAUUCGUCCGAGGUAAACGUUCCUUCAACUUCUCUAGAUACAAAAAGAACCAGUGGAAGCAGAAGAAGAAGGAAUUGGCAUCAUCGGAGGGAGCACUAGACCUGGCUGAUUUAGCUGAGAAGAACACAUGUUUUAAAUGUGGCGCGACUGGUCACAUGUCUCGAAAAUGUCCUGCGAUGAAGAGCGACGAAUUAUUGCCUCUGGAGGAAACUUCAGAGGAAAUUUCCGAGUUCCCCACUCUGGAGCAGGUGGAGAAAAUGGCGAAUGAAGAGGCAAUUCGCGCUCACGCUACAAGAAUCAAUCUCCUUCCUAAAUGCCCGUCAAUGUCCAGUAAAAACGCAUCAAUUAAUGCUUCAGGACAUUCAAGACCUUCAGAACAUUCGGAAAACUCUGAUGAAGAAUUUCACUUUGAUGAAGACGACUUCGAGGACAUCGAUGAGGAGAAAGAACUGGCGAUGGUUGGUCAUAAAAUCCCUGAGGAUCUCGUCGCUAAAUUAUUACCUCCAGUGAAUGGUGCAAUCGACCCGGUAUACCCAUCACUGAGUACUGGAGAACUUCAAGCGACCCCUGAAGAGGUCUUCGACACUUUAAAAAUGUUUGGACACAAUAAUUUCCGACCUGGACAGGAAAAAGCAGUCAUGAGAAUCCUCUCUGGUCAGUCGACUUUGGUGACAUUGUCCACAGGCUCUGGAAAAUCUCUCUGCUAUCAACUUCCUGCCUACCUCUACUCCAAACGAUCCCACUGUAUAACUCUCGUUAUUUCUCCUUUGGUAUCCCUCAUGGACGAUCAAGUAACAGGAAUUCCAUCUUUUCUGUCAGCGGCUGCCCUCCAUACUGGACAAACCCAAGCAGUUCGAGAGAAAAUCAUGCAGACCGUUAAAGAUGGAAAUUUGGAUAUUUUGUUAGUGUCUCCAGAGGCAGUUGUCGCCGGCGAAAAAUCCACGGGGUUCGGUAGUUUGUUGAGACAACUUCCACCGAUUGCCUUCGCUUGCAUUGACGAAGCCCAUUGCAUUUCCCAAUGGUCUCACAACUUCAGACCCUCUUACUUAAUGAUCUGCCGAGUUCUUCUGGAAAAACUUGGGGUGAAAACAAUUUUGGGAUUAACUGCGACAGCAACUAGGCACAAUGCUGAGAGCAUUGUUGAGCAUUUGAGGAUCCACGAUGGGAUGGAUGGAGUCAUCUCUGAUAUUCCAAUGCCAAAUAAUCUAAUUCUGUCAGUCUCCAAGGAUGAGCAUAGAGAUCAAGCAUUAAUAUCAUUAUUGAGGAGCGAAAGAUUUAAAGAGUGUGACUCCAUAAUUGUUUACUGCACAAGAAGAGAAGAGUGUUUGCGAAUAGCAGGAACUCUCCGAAUAUCUCUACAAGAUACAGUGGAUAAAGAUAAACCGAAACCAAAGGUAAAAGUCUCGCAGAUUGCAGAGGCUUAUCACGCAGGUUUGGCUCCGAGUCGACGUAAAGUGAUCCAGAAAGCAUUCAUGAAGGGUGUAACAAGGAUCGUUGUGGCCACGGUCGCUUUCGGAAUGGGAAUCAAUAAACCAGACAUUAGAUCAGUGAUCCAUUACAACAUGCCAAAGAGUUUCGAGGGAUAUGUCCAGGAGGUUGGAAGAGCUGGAAGAGAUAAUUUACCAGCUCACUGUCAUCUAUUCUUAAGUCCAACAGAGGAUUGUGACAAGUGGGAGCUUCGUCGUCAUGUGUAUCAAGACGGAGUGGACAGACACACAAUCAGAAAACUCCUGCAGAAGAUCUUCGUCCCCUGCUCUUGUCCUCAAUCAAAGUCUAGGAAUCGUUGUCCAGGACAUGAGGUGGCAAUUCCAAUUAAUGAGACUGUGGCAGCUCUCGAUAUCUCUGAGGAGACUAUAUCAACUCUUCUGUGCUAUCUUGAGCUACAUCCCAAGAAGUUUAUCACAGUUUUGUCCUCCGUUUACGUUACUGCCAAAGUUUCCAGUUACAAUGGACCUAAAGCUCUCAAAGCUGCAGCUCAGUCCUCUCCGCCUCUUGCAAUGGCCAUUGCUCUCGAUGCUAAACGAGGGAUUUCUCAUGAGAACAGUAGUGUGAUUGAGUUCCCUGUGGUAGAUGUUGCUGCUGCAAUUGGAUGGGACAGUGGAGUUGUUAAAAGUCAUCUAAAAAAUUUAGAAUGGACGACUGUGGAGGGGAGGUCUACGAGAAGUGUAAUUUCUGUGAGGUAUGAGAAGUUGGGGCUGAGAGUGAGGGCUCCAGGGGAUCUUGAUGAUGCUGAACUGGAUGAAGCUCUUGAAGCAUUAUUUGAGAGAACUCAGUCUCAGGAGAAAUCUUCGUUGCAUCAAUUGGAAAUUAUCUACGCGGCUUUGAAUGGAGUCAGCUAUAAUUCGAUACGAGAGUGCAUGGAAUUGAAUGACGAGAGCCUGAAGAAGUCGGAGAGUCUUAAAGAGAUCAUCAGGGAGUACUUCCAGUCUUGUUCACCUCUGGAAAUUGUCGAGAAGAGUGAGAGUAAACCGAUUGCUAAUGAAUCAUUAAUCAUAUCAGAUAUUAGAAGUUUGAUUUCUAACUAUAAGGAUAAUAAUUUUACUGGGAGAGCGGUGGCCAGGAUUUUUCAUGGGAUUCCAAGUCCUAACUACUCGGCAUUAACUUGGAGCAGGUGCAGAUUCUGGAGAGCACAUAUGCAGACCGAUUUUAAUGCUAUUGUACAAAUUGCUACUAGGGAAAUUUUAGCUUCGAGGUGACAAAUGUACGAGGAUUGUUGAAGGGUUUAGGAUCAAUUUUUGAAUAGUAGAAAAUUGACAAGAAAAAAUGUUGCUGCCAGGGAUGAAGUUAUGGUAGAGGUGAAUUUACAAUGGAUUAGCUGAUUAUUCUGUAAAUAUUUUGCGAAGAAAGAGGUGAAUUUAUGAAGAGAUCUUGUAUGUUUUACAUUUAGUGGGAUGCGAGAAAGAUCUCUUGAAAUAUUAUUGGAAACGUACUAGUACCAUAUAUACACAAACAGUCGACUGUAUACAAUUCUUGAACAUUUCCCUUUUUGCAACUCCAAGGUGAAAAAUAUAAUAUGGAGAAUUCAAUUCAAAUAGACUCGGAAUGAAUUUUUGAACGAUCACAGACGAAAGAAAUCAAGAUGACGAAAAUAAAUUGCUUUCAGAGGACAGGUUCAUGUGGAAAAAAAGAAUUAGUUAAUUAUUUAAACGACAAUCUCUCACUCAUCUGUGCAGCAAAUAGAUUCAUUAUAAAUAUUUCUGACUUAUUAGAUCAGUCUAAUAGUUCCGGGGAUAAUGAACGGAUUAUCCAUAUGACUUUCCUGAACUUUUCACAUUCUGAAAGUUUGCUUGAUAUUUUUUUUCUGUUUGGGAAAAUUCGAUGAUUUUAAGGAUUAGAUGAGACGAUAAUUAUAACUGGUGGACAUAUCGAUUUUGACUAACGAAAACAAUUUUUAAUAUUCUUGAAUGUAGAUAGAUUAAGCAUGACCUAUUAUUAAUGGUAAUUGAUACUCAUUUUAAUCAAUUGAAAAUAGCAGCUCGCGAUGAAUCAGGCAGCAUUUGUUGCUCAUUGGAGGAUAAUUCAAAGGGCAUGAUAAAUCGCAAAAAGUUCUUCUGUAAUAUUUCUGUCGAAAAAUUAAUUACAAAUUAAUCAAUUUUGUUCUCAGGAAUAAAGAUCAUAGGAAAAAUCGGUCACUCUUCAAGAUUGGUCAUAAUAAAGCCUGGAAAAUCAUUGAGA